CGGCGCCAGGUGCACCUGCCCCGGCGACGUCUGCAAGGCGUUCGGCGCGGGCGCGGACUUCGUGAUGCUCGGCGGGAUGCUGGCGGGCCACGACGAGUGCGGUGGCCAGGUCAUAGAGCAGAACGGCGAGUACUUCAAGGUGUUCUAUGGCAUGUCCAGCGACACGGCCAUGAAGAAGCACGCCGGCGGCGUGGCCGAGUACCGCUCCUCCGAGGGGAAGACGGUGAAGGUCCCCUACCGGGGGCCCCGACGGACCCGUGCGCGACGUGCUCGCGGCAUCCGGCUCGAACGUGCACUGUACGUGGGCGCCUCGGAGCUCCGCGAGCUGUCGAAGCGCACGACGUUCGUGCGGGUGACCCAGCAGCUCAACCAGGUCUUCUCCGAAGCGGCGAAGCACACCCCGCCCGCGGUCCAAGCCCCCGACGCCAAGCGCGCCCGCGUGGAGGACCAGGAGGGCAGGGCGGCGGCGUGACCGCGCCGCGGAGGGGCCCGCGGGCCCCGCGGCCCGCCGCCGCGGCUGUUCCGCCAGGGUCGCUCGCGCACGGCCGCCACUUGCCAGGGCUCCUUCUCGAUUCCUCCGAUCCGACCCGGCGGAGACGUGGAUCGCUCUCAAUUUUUCUCAUCCUGCUUGGAGGAUUGGGCUUGCGGCUCGCAGCUGGAAUAGCUCGAGCGUCUUAGUUAUGCCGCGCGAUGCACGAGUUUUCAAGUUACGUGCCAGCGUGCGGAAAUCCAGUCUAGACUGGGUUCCCAAGACGGGGAGAGCUAGUAGGCGUCGGGGUCAUUUGUUUCGCGUGCUAGUGUCGUCUGACCCCCUCCACCUCACCUAACCUGUGGGCAGUUCAAGCCGAGGGAGGCCUCCGCUAUGCGGGGCAGACCCCGGGCCUGCGGGGUACAAGGGCUGACCGCAGCAUUGCCUCGCGAAUGCUGCCUGGGGCGGCCAGCGCUUGACCGUCGUCGAGGCGCGGCUGGCAGAGGGAGAAAGCGCAGCCGCCCGCAGUCGCC